AUGUUUGCUAAGGAUGGCGAAUCAGCGCGGGUUGCACCAGCCCAGGUUGAGACGACCUACCCGCAGCCGGCUUUGGGUUCAGCAUAUCUCGGCAUUCCUCAAGCAGCUCCACCUCCACCACAACAGCAUUGUAUACAAAGUCAACCACUUCAACAAGCAGCAACAUCGUCGCGUCGUGGUCCAACAGGUGAACAACUUGCGGCAAGACAUGUGAUGCCGCGAGAACUUCCAACUUUUUCUGGCGAUCCGCAGGAUUGGCCACUGUUUUACAGUUCAUUCUGCAACUCCACAGAUGCAUGCGGGUUCAGCGACGCGGAGAAUUUAGCGCGAUUACAGCGCUGUUUGAAGGGAAACGCCUUACAAGCUGUAAAGAGCAGGUUGCUGAUGCCGCAGUCGGUUCCAUUCGUUAUUGAAACACUGAAAAGAUUGUACGGUCGGCCGGAGGUUAUUAUCCACUCUCUACUUCAACAGUUGCGAACUGUCCCUCCUCCGAAAUCCGAAAAUUUGCAAUCUCAAAUCGCUUUUGGUCUAGCAGUACAAAACGUCGUGGACCACAUGACCAUUGCUAAUCUCGUUGAUCAUCUGUGCAACCCUGCACUACUUCACGAGCUUGUUGAAAAGCUUCCAUCGCAGCUCAAAAUGCAGUGGUCCUACUUCAAAAGUAGAUUCUGCAGUGUCAACCUAACGACUUUCAGUGCCUUCGUAUCGGAGCUCGUAGUAAUGGCCUCUGAGGUUACACUACCGGUCGAUAGUCAAACUAUGGGCCAGACCAGAUCAAGUAAAUCGGGAAAGGAGAAACCAAAACUGUUUGUACAUUCGGAGGAUCAGCUGGAAAGGAAGGCGUCGUCAGCAGUUGAGAAAGUAACAUCGGAGUCGAUGAAGAAAUCCUGCAUGUAUUGUGCUAAUUUCAACCACGAGAUAGCAGAUUGUGGACAGUUCAAGGCGUUAGGUAUUGAUGGUAGAUGGAAGGCAGUAAAGCAAAAGAAUUUGUGCAGGAGUUGCCUCGUGCCACAUCGUAAAUGGCCAUGCCGUACGAGGAAGGAAUGCGGCGUAGAAGGUUGUCAUCAACACCAUCACAAACUUCUGCAUGACGUUAGGAGCACACCAUUAGAAACAAAAAGAUCGGAGCCUGCAGUAAAGCCAAGGAUAGUAGAACACCACAAUCUACACAAGUCAAUGGCAUACUCUCUCUUUCGGUAUUUGCCGGUGAUAAUCCAUGGUAAUGGUCAUCAGAUCAAAACCUAUGCGUUCUUAGACGACGGGUCGUCAUGCACGCUAUUAGAAUCCAGUAUAGCGUUGGCGUUGGGCGUCAAAGGACCGAACGACGGCUUUUCAUUAAGUUGGACCGGUAACAUGUCAAGAGAGGAGAGCACUUCCCAACGUAUCAGCGUAGUGAUCAGCGGUGAAGGAAAGAAGUUCAAACUUCAUAAUGUCAGAACAGUGCAGGAGCUGCGACUACCAGCACAAACGAUGUGUUACGAAGAUUUACAGCGUACGUAUCAUCAUCUGAAGGGCUUGCCGGUUAACAGCUACUCGGAUGCGAUUCCUGGAAUUAUCAUCGGCAUAGAACACGUUCAAUUAUUAACUUCCUUACGGAUCCGAGAAGGGAAAAACAAUGAACCAGUUGCAGCGAAAACUCGGCUAGGUUGGUGUAUCUUCGGCAGGAGUUCUGAUUCCAGGAACGCCAUAGAAUAUUUAAAUCUACAUUCAGUUAGCAAGAUGGGAAAUCGGGAUCUGCAUUUGUGGAUGAAACAAUUCUUCACAGUGGAAGAAGCGGUUGUAACGGUUAGACCCGAGGCCGAAGAAGACAGAAGAGCGUGGGAGAUUAUGGAAACCACAACUCGCCAGGUAAACGGCGCAUUCGAAACUGGACUCUUGUGGAAGUACGACCACGUUUACUUCCCGGACAGUUACUCGAUGGCAUUACGUCGGUUGAUAGCACGUGAAAAGCGGCUGCGAAAAAAUCCUUUUCUAGAAACCAAGGUAAAAGAACAAGUUGCUGAGUAUGAGGCUAAAGGAUAUGCACACCGUAUCACUUUGGAAGAAGCUCAAUCCACAGAUCCCAGUAAAGUCUGGUAUCUACCUCUCGGUGUUGUGCAGAAUCCAAGAAAACCGGACAAGAUAAGGUUGAUUUGGGACGCUAAGGCCCGAGCUGGAGGAGUAUCGUUCAACGACAUGUUGAUUAAAGGGCCGGAUUUAUUGGUGGCGCUAAUAUCAGUUUUGUUGCGCUUCAGGCAAAGAAAUAUCGCCAUCGUAGGAGACAUAAAGGAGAUGUUUCAUCAGAUCCGUAUACGUGACGAAGACAAACAAUCUCAACGUUUCAUCUUUCGACACGAUCCAGAAUCAAGUCCGCAAAUCUACAUCAUGGAUGUUGCAACGUUCGGCGCCACGUGUUCGCCCAGUUUAGCGCAAUUCGUGAAGAACGAGAAUGCGAAGAAGUAUGCGGAGUCCUUCCCGAGAGCGACGACUGCGAUUACGAACAACCAUUAUGUUGACGACUUCUUAGACAGUGUGGACACUCCAGAAGAAGCUGUGACAUUGAUCAAUGAUGUGAAAUAUAUUCAUGCAAAAGGAGGCUUCGAAAUUCGCAAUUUUUGUUCCAAUUCAGUCGAAGUUUUAAGCUGUAUCGGAGAAUCCGGAACGCCGCAGAAGGUAUCCAUGAACCUGGAGAAAUCAGGAGAAUCUGAGCGUGUCCUAGGCUUGAUAUGGAAACCAACUGAGGACGUCUUCACUUUCGAUCUUAGCAGCCGCUAG